AAUGGUGAGUCAGCUAAGUAGCUAAAAUGUAAAAACCCUAUUUAUUGGACUCCCAUAUAUACCCCAAAAACCCUAAUCGUCAUCUUCUUCGCCCUUUUUCAAUUUUUUUCCUCUUGUUUUUUCUCAAGCGGCAGUAAUGUCGAAGCGAGGACGUGGAGGAAGUGCUGGUAAUAAGUUCAGGAUGUCACUGGGUCUCCCAGUGGCAGCCACAGUAAACUGCGCUGACAACACUGGGGCUAAGAACCUUUACAUUAUUUCCGUCAAGGGAAUUAAGGGUAGACUCAACAGGUUGCCUUCUGCUUGUGUUGGUGACAUGGUUAUGGCUACUGUUAAGAAAGGGAAACCUGAUCUCCGUAAGAAGGUCAUGCCUGCUGUUAUUGUCAGACAACGCAAGCCUUGGCGCCGAAAGGAUGGUGUCUACAUGUAUUUUGAAGAUAAUGCUGGAGUGAUUGUCAAUCCCAAGGGUGAAAUGAAAGGUUCUGCUAUUACUGGCCCCAUUGGAAAGGAGUGUGCUGAUUUAUGGCCAAGGAUUGCAAGUGCUGCAAAUGCUAUUGUCUAAAUGAUGACAUUCAAAUGUUCCCAAAUUUUGUUAUUUUUACAAACACGGAUUUGGUAGGAUAAUUGAAAUUAUUCGAGUUUUGAAUAUAAUUUAUAGACUACAGAUGGACAUUAAAAUACUUUAUUUUGGUUGAAAUCCUAUUCAUGUUUUUACUAUCUUCUGAUUAUGAAAUCUGAUGCAAAUUACUGAACU